AUGUUGCAGAUAUUGGUUUUGUUUCUCAUUCCAGGCUUAUUUGGUGAUGCGGGUAAAUAUUUUUCCUUAUUUAGGAUAUUGAGGGGCCGGGGGGAGGGGGCGGGGGGGGGGGAAAUUCCUCUAUAAAUGAAAAAUGGGACCAUGAGCAUGAGAUAACUAAAGGAGCUGAGAUUUACAUCCAGAUGGACAUUUUCAAUGACUAUGAAAAGAUGGCAAUCUGUCAAUCUACCUCGCCUCAGUGAAAAGUCACAGACAUAAAGGGUGCGUUUUAUAGACGACAACAGAAGGGCGUGUGUAUUCAGACAAUGACUUGCUCAUAUUAUGCAACAGGCCACUUGCACUAAGACGUAACGUGACCAACGUUUCCUUUAAACAAUGAGUUGAAAUCUUGCUGAUGCCGAAAAUUGACAGAGCAAAUAAAAAUUAUCUUACACCCAAAAUUGGAGAGCAAACGCAUUUAAGGGAGAUAUUUUAUGGCACUUCGAUUUUUCAACAAAGUAGUAUGAUUUGUAUUGUCCGCCAUGUUGGAGGGCAUAUUUUUGCCCUCCAACAUGGCGGCCAAAACUAUUUUUUGCUUGUAUCUUGUUAAACGUUUGAUAGUUGCGCUCAGAUGUGCUGUAAACGUUACCACAUCAUCUUUUCAACAUUUUCCUUGAAGUUUAAGUGCGAAAUUUGCGUUCAUGCACAAAGAGGUAAUUCAUAAUUUUAAAAAUCACAUUCCGGUCAUGUGACCAGUUACGAACUUACUAAUUUUAAGAAAAUGUUGCGGGUUUGAAAAACCAUAUCACUAUUAUUUUGUUUAAGAUAUGACCCACUAAUUGUUUAUCGACGGCAAAAUCGUAUAACUUUCAUUUUCAUAAAAACAAUGUCACAUGAUCUUUUAGUGCAAAUGGCCUAUCGAGAAAAGGAAAGUUAUUUUUCUUAAUUGUUUUGCUGCAGACAAUGCUCUGCUAAUGCGCGAUCCGGUAUAGUGUAAACCAAGCCUCGUUUGUCUAGUAUAUCAGCGGUUAUUUGAUAAAUGGCAAUAUUUUGCUCUCCCUCGUCCAAAAGCUGUUUAUUGUACAUAUAUUUCAGGUGCAACUUGUCAGAGAGAGAUGCAGUUGCAAUUCUGUGAAGGCGAUUCACAUGUGCUCACUUGCGGUAUUUUCAAGAUCAAUAUCCUUUCUGCAAACUACGGCCGUUUGACUGGAGCUCAGGUCUGUGGCUGGGGACCAAUAAAGACCACUUACUGCAAAGCUAAUGGAGCACUUGCCAAAGUUCAAGCUCACUGUCAGGGACGUUCACAUUGCACAUUACGCGCAACCAACAGCGAGUUUGGUGAUCCUUGCCCUAACACUUACAAAUAUCUAGAGGUAACCAUUUUUGUCAGCCUAGCUUUUAUUUAGCCUUGUUCUAAAGGGAUUGCUUUUUUUCCUUUUCAUUGUCAAGUUCAUCACAGCAGAAGAAUAGAAGGAGUCGUAGCCUCAUGAGUAAAAGGGGAAAAAUGGGACGUAUAGAGAAACCCCAGUCACAAAACCGAAAGAGGGUCCAUCUUCCCGCCGCAUUUGCCUUGUAUUUGCAGUUUUCGCCUCCUUUUUUUCUUGACUUUCUCUGCCACUUCAGCCCUUUUUCUAUUGUGAAGUAUUGAGCGAUGUUGCCUAAUUUCAUCCAAUUUCUUCCCCUUCUCUCCCUUUGAGAAUCCCCACCUCCCUAGUACCCUUCCUUUUCCUGCCUCCCUCACCCCUCCCCUGUAUUCUCCCUGAUUUCUAUCAGUUGUACAUGUUACUGGUUAUUGAAUAUGCUAUCCUUUCUCGAUUUUAAUCCAUUUUGGACUGUUGGAAUGGGUACUGUUAAAAGCUUGAUGGCAGCAAGCCUUGAUUUCUUGUGUUGAUGACACUUACUUAUGUCCGCUGAAUUCAACAGGUUCGCUACGUAUGUAAGUGA